ACAGAAAAAGCAGCUUUGCACGUUACACAAUUCGACUAGUAAAUGCCGACAGUCAUUAGUGCACUUGUCCAACCAAGCGUUCUUCAGAGAGAGAGAAAGGGGCUGUACCUUCUUGUGUCUUUGAAAACCACUUUUUACGUAUCCUUUGGGCUCCUGAAACGCUUUAGGCACUUGUCUCUCUUUGUAACUCUGUCGCUCAUUCUUCAUCAGGUAAAUUUCGCUACAGCUGAAUUUAUUCUUGCAAUUACUUUUUUUUAACACAAGACAAUGCAAGUUACAACCAGGAAUUUAAACGCCUCAAACUGUCUUUGCAAUAAACACAACCCAACAAACUCUCAAAAUUGGACAAAUCAACUAAUUUCUUCAAGGCUACUACCAAUACGACCAACGACCGGGAAUUACAGAACUAAAAGACGCAGAACAACAACAAUACUACUGCCAGCUUGUAUUAUCUUCUUCCCUCAUCAAUGAUUAUGUCCAAUAAUGAUGCAAUUCUUAAUGAUCACGCCAUCCCACUUGACACAUUGUCUAUUAUUUCAACUCUUGAAGCUGCUCCUGGUGGAAGAAGUAGUAAUGGUGGUGGUGGUAGUGCUGGUGGAAGUGACAGUAGUAGUAGGAGUAGAUACUCCUCAACAUUGAUGUCACCUACGACGACGACGACGACGACAAGGAGUUCCUAUAUUUCUCCCGCUUCCUCUUCUUCUACUACUGCUACUACCAGUACUUCUUUUGAGAGGUGUCCACUGCAAGUAUUAUCCGUCGAUAAACGAGCUGGUCAGCACGACUUUGUCGCUUCGUUAAUACCGGAAGCCGAUCCUCAUGUCCAAGACAUUAUAUCCAUCGGUACUUCUAACACCUGUACCAACAACUACAACUACAACUGCAUUGCUUCAUCUGUCGCGCCUGACGUCGUAUAUUGCCAUGCGUUUAUGUAUCAGGAUACCGUGUUCAUGUCACUGCCAGCAAUGAUGGUUCAAAAUAAGGACCAUAACGAGUUCUAUGCUUGCGUAAGCGAAUUGAUCGCAAUCACUGAAACAUUAGACUGUGAAUAUCUUGUUAUUGCGGUGGAAAAGAAUAGCAAAAGCUCAAGUAUAGUGUUACGUGCAUUGUUGUAUACCGGGUUCCAACUUGUUGAUCCACGUCUUUACAAGCAAAAUCCGGUUUAUGUCUUCGCUGGAUACGAGAUCUGAGCGAAACAGAAGAAAGUAAGCGGAUCCUUAGAGAAAGUAGUGAUGGUGAAGGGACGCUAUCAUCACGGGUUUUUCGACCAAUCGAUAUCGUCGUAUAUGCUGGCUCUUUGCAUUAUCCGCCACACGUCACCGUCCCUGUACCGGUAUAAUAGUCAAAAUUGACUGUUUCGUAUGAUUUGUCGUCCUAUUUUCUCCUUAGUAUACACUAUCAUCCAACCCCUUUCACCCUUCCUCCUUCUCCUCUCCCCUCAGGCCCCCUUAUAUUUGUAUAGCGUAGGAUUGUUUUUUUUGCUGACGCACAAAAGCACAUCUAUUGCAAUUAAACAAAAGAUAUAUACCCUUUUAUCAAAGCUGAC